UUUGUGUUGCGUGCGGCCAGUCUCAGUACAUCGCUGCGCGCCAACAAGCGCCGGCUGCGCGCGUACUGGCACAACACACGCCAUCGAACGCAAAAGUCAAUGAAAAUUCAAAAUAAGAAUCAUCGAACGUCUAUGAAUGUCAUUGCUCUGAGCGAUUCAAAAAAUAUUUUUAUGUUCCAAAUACGAAGGUAUUCGUGGUGGUAUUUUGUGCAGUAUUGUGUUUUUUGUUUUGUGCGAGAUUUACUGUUAGUGAUUGUUUUGUGAGUUACACAAAGAAAGCUAAUCCAAGAUGGAUUUGGAGUUUCGGAAUUUAACAUACACCGUCCAAAACCGGUUUCCUAAGGGACCGCGGAAGGUGGUGGUCAAGGGUGUGGAUGGCAGGUUCACAUCAGGCCAGCUGGUAGCCAUCAUGGGACCUUCGGGAGCUGGCAAGAGCUCGCUACUCAAUGCAUUGUCUGGAUACAGAUCUGCAGGUGUGUCAGGAGAACUUCUGGUAAAUGGGCAGCCAAGAGACGAGCAUCAUUUCCAGAGAUCGUCCUGUUACAUAACCCAAGAGGAUUUACUCCAGCCAUUGCUGACAGUUCGCGAAGCCAUGGAUGUGGCAGCCAGGUUGAAAGCGCCCAAAGGAUCUAAAGCACCUUCAGAAGAGAUUCUUCAAGAAAUGGGCCUAUUGGAACAUCAGCACACACGAACAGAUAUGUUAUCGGGAGGACAGAAAAAGAGGUUAUCAAUAGCAUUAGAAUUAGUCAACAACCCUCCAAUAUUCUUUUUGGACGAGCCUACGAGUGGACUCGACACAGUCACAACAACACAAUGUGUGAAAGUGCUGAAACAAUUGGCCAGGCAAGGGAGGACCGUCGUGUGUACUAUACAUCAGCCCGCGGCUUCGCUUUUGGAGAUGUUCGAUCAGGUUUACGUGAUAGCUGAUGGCUACUGCAUAUACCAGGGCGACACAAAAGCGAUGGUUCCCUUCCUACAGACCGUUGGCUUGCCCUGUCCUAGGCAUUAUAACCCAGCUGAUUUUAUCAUAGAACUAACAGAAACCCCAGAAUUUAUAAACCUAUUAUCCAAAGAGAUUAUGAACGGAAAAGUUUACAAAUCAGUCAAACUGGAUCAAGAGCAGGCAGCCCCUAACACAACACAGAUGCAGUUGAAGAUCAGCUAUGAGACAGAGGAUGCUAACGAGACAGAGAUAAUCCUAUCAAAUGAAAAGUGUUCCUACAAAGUACAGAAAUACGAAGGUUCGAGUGGCUCUGUAAGUUCGCUGUCCAGUCAGCUGUCGAAUGGAAAUUCUUCGAUAGCUUGGAUGAGGAUGCAGAAACCAGACGCGAAGAAAUAUUCGGCGACGUUCUUUGAACAGUUUUCGAUUCUGCUGCAGAGGAUGUUGACACAGAUUUUUAGGAAUAGGCCAGGUCUCUGCAUCCAGUUCAUUCACCACGUGAUGUGUGGCCUACUAGUGGGGAUCUGCUUCUUCAACAUGGCGAAUGACGGCACGCAGAUGUUCAACCACCUCAAGCUGUGCGUAGGACUCGUCAUAUUCUUUGCGUAUACGCAGAUUAUGGUCCCUGUUCUUGUUUAUCCCCAGGAAGUGAAACUAGUAAAGAAAGAGCACUUCAACUGCUGGUACAGCCUGACCCCAUACUACGCCGCAUUAACAGUCUCCAAGCUUCCCGUACAAGUGACGUUUAACAUCAUAUUCUCCACCAUCGUAUACUUUAUGGCCGGAGUACCGUUCUCUGUAAUGAGGUUUCUUGCCUUCUGCCUCGUGGGCAACGUUGUGUCUUUGGCAGCUGAGGGCAUGGGCAUGGCGAUUGGCUCUGUGUUUAAUGUUACGAAUGGCUGCGCCAUCGGACCCUCGGCCAUCGCUCCAUUCCUCGGCCUCGCCAUCUACGGAUUCGACUUCGCUCACGAGAUCCCUCUUCUUAUGAACAUCCUUAUGAAAACCUCUUUCAUCAGAUGUGGCAUAGUCGCCAUGGUCCUAACAAUUUUCGGCUUUGAUAGACAACCAUUAGAUUGCGAAGACAUGUAUUGCCAUUUCGCCAAACCCGAGGUUUUAAUCAAAUACUUAGAUAUAGAAAACAGUUCGGUUUGGCUAGAAAUAGCAACAAUGUUGGGUAUUAUGUUGGUCUUCCGAUCUAUGUGUUACAUCGGCCUAAGAUGGCGAUUCGCUACAUGAUUUAUAUAACUAUAGAGCCUUGUACGCGUCCCUUCAAAUUGUGAUAUAAGCAUUACACAUUUCUGUUAGUACAAAAUUAUUAUUUUCUUGUGAUCAGUUUAUGUUAAAUUAUUGUUUAAGCUUUAGGUAUUUAUGUCACGUAAUAUUCUUAAUUAUAGUUAGUUUGUAUUCACAUUUACUCCGAACGGGUGUUGUCUCGAAUUUUGUACUAAGUUUAUGUUAUUUAAAUUAUUGUAAAACGUUGAAUAUAAAUCACAAUAAGUCUUUGUGGGAACUUUACACCUAAUCAUUAAAAUAUAUGGGUAAUGGUAUAUAAUCUUGGGUUAUGUACGGCCAAAGAUACCUACUACAUACAUCUGUGACUGAUUGUUAGAACUAACAAGGCAGUAUGCUCAUUUCUCUUGCCGUUAAUUUAAACUA